AUAGGUUCGAUAAACUGGUUAUGGAUCAAGUUUUCGCAAGUUCUUUGAACUAUGCAAGAAAAGGAAGUUCAGGAAGUGCUGGACAUUGCUAUAAAUACGGCCGUUCUAAACUUGGCAACGCUUAGAUCCAAUAGAGAACAUGAGGCAAAACAAGAUAACGAUUUUGGGUCUGGCCCUGCUGCUUUGCUUUGCGCUUGCACACUCACAUGGUUUUGGUGGAAAGCUUGGAGGAGGCUACGCCCCUGUCUACAACAACUUUGUCCCAUAUCCAGUUGCCCAACCGAUCCCAGUGGCCCAACCUGUUCCAGUUCCCGUGGCUAUUCCUCAACCAAUUCCAGUCCCAGUCCCGCAACCAGUAGUUAUUCCCAUCAAACACGGAUGGAAGGGCGGUCUAGGUCUAGGUGGAUUUGGCGGAGGUUAUGGCGGCGGUUUCGGAGGCUACCAGAACUUUGCCUCUGCCUCCUCUUUUAGCUCUGCCAGUUCAUUUGGGGGCGGCUAUGGCGGAUUGGGCGGUGGCAUCUUUAGGAGGCGCUGAGAGUAUUGUUCUAUGUUUAUUAAAUA